AUGGCUUUCUCUGCUGCUGAGCUUCAAAAGCGACACGGUCUUGAAGGUGCACCUGAUCCUUUCCCCACUCUCGGAGGAUCUAACGCACCUGCUCCCACUCCUGCUGUCAAAAAGAUCAACAACACGAACUCUAACAACGGACCUUCAGCUCCUGCUCCUGUUGAUACUUCCUCUGAAGAUGCUUUCCCUUCUCUCGGUGCUUCCGCUGCUCCCGCUACCAAUAUUACCAAACCUGCCAUCUCCGCAUGGGCCUCCAAACCUUCCGCAGUCAAAGCAACAGGUGGAAAAGCCAAACCAGCUGCUUCAGGUGGAUUAGGUCGUGCUGGUACACCCACUGCCGCUAGUCAUCCUUUCAGCGAUACAUUUUCCAUCCCUGCGGCAGACUUGAUUCAAGGUAAAACAGCUCAAGAGACAAUCAAUAAAGUAAGAGAACAAACUGGUGUCAUUGUUGAAUCUUCUACUCAAAUGAGGACUGGUUUAAAGACCUUCUUGAUUCGUGGAUCCGACCAAAAGAAAUUGAUUACGGCUAGAAGACUCAUCGAAAGAGGUUUGAGUAAACCUGUUACUAUUGAAGUCGAAGUUCCCAUCACUACUUUAGGUACUAUCAUCGGUCCAAAAGGUUCUACUCUGAAAUCAAUCACAGAUGCUACUCAAACUAAGAUUGACAUCCCUAAGAGAGAAACUUUGCCUUCUUAUGAUAUAAAAGAUAACAAAUCCGACAAUGGAUCUGAUAAUGGCGAAGAAGAUGAUGAAGAACCUCAAGUUCCAAUCUCAGUCACUGGUCCCUCUGCCGCUUGUGCAGAUGCUAAAAAUCGAAUUUUGUCAUUAAUCUCUCACCGAGUUUCUCAAGGAUCGACAUCUAUCAAAACUAUCCCUUCUUCUUAUUAUCCUUUCAUUGCUGGACCUAAAGGUGUUAAAGCUAAACAAUUGGAAGAAGAGAUUGGUGGUGGUGAAGUCAAAAUCCAUGUUCCACCUCCAGCAGUUUGGAAAGCUCUCGAGAAACAAUCUCAGGGAGAAACCGAAGAAUUGGAAGCCUCAGCAACUAAAGAUAGGGAUCUUUCAAUCAAGGUUAAAGGUGAAAAAGAAAAAGUUAAACUUGUCGUUCAAGAAAUUCUCAAACAAUAUGAAUCACUAAAUGAUUCCCUAAGAGAGUUGAAGAUUUCAAUCCCUAAACGACAACAUAGAUUUUUAGUAGGUUCAUCAGCAGAUGACAUUUUGGACCAAACAGGUUGCAUUGUUGAGUUACCUCCUGUCGACGAUCCAUCAGAUCAAUGUGUUAUCCGUGGACCUCAAGCUUCGCUCAUCCCUGCUCUUACCCUCGUAAUGGACAAAGCCAAUGCCAUCGCUGUAGAGAUGGUUGACAUCGUCGCUCUUCACAGACCCAAUACGUCCGAUCCCCUCGCUCAUGCAAAGAAAGUAUUAAGAUACCUCCUCAGAACUUCCAAACUUCGAUCAAUUGCCGAUUCUCAUGCAGGAGUCAAGGUUUUCCCUCCUUUCGCUUCCGCUGUCGCUAAUACCGGAUCAGUCGUUGUGGAAAUCGUCGGUGAAGAUAAAUCGCAAGUCUCAAAGGCUAAAGAUGAAGUGGCAGCUAUAGUCAAAUCUGUUUUACCAGCUGGAACAUCAACAGUGCAAGUCGAUCAUUUGAUCCAUUCUUUAUUGAUCGGUAAGAAAGGAUCCAAGAUUGCUCAAUUCGAACAAACUCACAAGGUUACCACUGUUUUCCCGCCUGCCACUGAAGAAUCUUCCGAUGUCUCUUUGAUCUAUACUGGACCUCUUGAUUCUCUUCCUUCAGACAAAAAGGCUAGGGAUUCUAAACUCAAGGAAAUCUUAGCUUCCGCUUCUAAAGCGGUAGAAGAGUUAGCUAAAGAUGCAGCUGAUAUCAAAUCUGAGACUUUGGAUGUCGAGAAGAAAUGGCAUAGAUACAUCAUUGGUUCCGGUGGUACUGUACUUAACGCAUUGAUAGGUGAAGAUCAAUUGGUAAACGUCAAAGUUGGGUCUUCGUCAACUGCUAAAGGAGCUAAAACGGAUGAAGAUGUGGUUACUAUCAGAGGACCUUCAGGAGAAGUUGACAGAGUCGUUGAACAAAUUAAACAGAUCGUUGAAGAUGCUAAGAACGAUGAUAUCGUUAAUGGUCACACAAUCGAAUUCACCGUUCUCAAACAAUACGUCCCUCACUUAGUUGGAUCAUCUGGUGCAGCCAUCAACAAGCUCAGAGAAACUUUAGGUGUUAAAGUUAACUUUGAUGAUGAUGAUGCGUCCGGAGCUGUGAAGAAAGGAGGAAAGAAACCUGUUGUUCAUUGCAAGAUCGUCGGACGUAAAGAAGCAGUAGAAGAAGCUAAAAAACGACUUGAAGCUCAAAUUGAGAAAUUAGAGGAUGAAACCACUGAAAUAUUGACUAUCAAACGUGCUAUUCAACCUGCAUUAAUUGGUGCAGGAGGUAAAUAUGCAAUUAGAUUGGAAGAGAAAUAUGGUGUUAAACUUUCUUUCCCCAGAUCAGGAGGAGAUGCUAAAGACAAAGACACUAAUCCUGAUCAAGUAACUAUCCGAGGAGGUAAAAAAGGAGUAGCAUCGGCCAAAGCUGAAUUAUUGGAAGCUGCACAAUUUGAAAGUGAAUCAAGACAAGAAACGACAUUCAAAGUACCAACAAAAGCUGUAGCUCAAAUCGUCGGAAAAGGUGGUUCAACUAUCAAUGCUAUUAAAGAUGACUCAGGUGUGCAGAUUGAUAUCGAAAAACAACCUGAUUCAGAUAACAAGACUUCCGUCACUAUUAGAGGUGAUAAGAAAUCUAUCGAAUCAGCUAAAAAGGCUGUCUUGGCUCUUGUCGAAGAAAUCGGUGAUGAAGUUACCGAGGAAUUGAAAGUUGAUCCCAAAUUCCACCGGACCCUUAUUGGUCAAGGUGGUCAAAAACUCCGAGAUACCAUCGUCGCUGCAGGCGGACCGGAAGAAGCUUUCAAGCAAUCUGGCCUUGUUACCUUCCCCAAAUCUGGUGAUUCUAACCCCGAUGUCGUCCGGUUCCGAGGUGACAGUAAAGUUGUCAAGAAAAUCAAAGCUGAACUCGAGAAGCAAGUCUCCGUUCUCAAAGAAACUGUUGUUAUCGGUGUUGUGGUCCCUCAAUCUCAACAUGCCUCAAAGAUAGGAAGAGGUGGUUCUGCCUUACAAGAUCUCCAAAGGAGAACUGGCGCUGUUAUCCAUUUCCCCGGAUCGAGACAAUACGGUUCUGUCGGAGAGAUCGAGAACGCUUCUGAGCUUGGUGAUGCACCCGAGGGUGACGUCGUCAAGGUCAUUGGUACUAAGGAAGUUGUAGCCAAAGCUGCUGAACAAUUACAAAUCGUUAACGAACGACCGGCAAGAACUGAUUCUCGACAAGGGCGAUCUACACCCGGAGGAGAUUAUCCUUCCAAAACCAUAUCUAUUCCUACCAAAUACUAUCAUGCUAUUGCCGACCAACAAAACUUGAUCCGUCAAAUCAGGAAUGUAGGCGGAUUCAUCACUAUCCCAUCCGCACCACCAAAACCGACUACACCCAAAACCUCCUCUAAAUCCAAUGGAAAUGACCUCGCCGCCAAGACCGCGCGAAUCGAUCUAAGCGGCGGUGGUGAAGGAGAAUCCAACGAUGUAGAAGGUGAUUUCGAGAUCAUCGAGAAUUACCAAGACGCUCCUGAAGGUGAACAAGAAUGGAGCGUAAGAGGUAAAGAAGAAGAUUUGGAUAAAGCUGUUAAAGUCUUGGAAGACGCUGUUGAAAAGGCUAAAUCAGCAACUCAUGUCGGUCUUUUGACUGGUUUGCCAAGAUCCGCUUUCCCUAGAAUCAUUGGAUCAAAAGGAGCUACUAUCUCUCGGAUCAGAGCUGAAACAGGCGCGGACGUCCAAGUCUCAAAAGAUGACGAUUUGAUCACUAUCACAGGUGACGAGUCAUCUGUCCUUCAAGCUAAAGACAGUAUCCUCUCAAUCGUAUCUCGACCUGGUAGAGGAGAUAGGUAUUAA